AUGGUGUUGGAAGAGGGAUCCCCCAAUUCCAUUUUUUCAGUUAGAAGUAAUCACCGAAAUGGUGGAUCACAAAUUUUGUGCCACCAUGGUUACUUAGCAAGGCUACAGAGGUGCAAGCACACGAAGAACAUUGGAAGAGGCUUUUACUCAUGCCCGGUGUGGAAGCAAGACUAUUUCUUUAGGUACCCUGGUUUUCGAUUCAAACCAACGGAUAAGGAGUUAUUUGGAUAUUAUUUGAAGAGAAAGGUUACAGGUCAGUCUGCUCGUGGACACACAAUUCCUCAGUUAGACGUGUACAAAUACGUUCCAGGGGAUCUUCCUAGAUUAUCGGGUUCAGAAAGUAAAGAUUCAAUUUGGUAUUUCCUAACACCAAACAAUACGAAGUACCCUACAGCCGAAAGAUCAAUGAGACCGGCUAAGGGAGGGGGUUGGAAGAUCAAGGGGAAAGACACUAUUGUGUAUUCUGGAUCACGUAGAGUAGGGUAUGUGAAAAAAUCAAUUUACUUCACUAACAAGGUUACUAAGAGUGAUUGGGUAAUGCUUGAGUACAAAUUGAUGAUAAGCUCACCGAGGAUGGUGUACCUCAACAAUCUCACGUGCUUAACAAAGUCUUUCAAGUUGGUGACAACGGGAAGGACAUUAAAGGUGGGUACGGGGGACCCUUCAAGGAGGAAGACUGGGAAAGCGAAGAAGAAGAUUAAAUUCCCUUAA